AUAGCGGCCAUGGCGACGGGCGGCGGCGGAGGGGCCGGGGCUGGUCCCGGGACCGGUCCCGGAGCUGGGCUUGGUCCCGGUUCCGCCGCCAGUGGAGCUGGCGUGCGACGAGGCCCGGGGAUGAAAGUCCUCCUAAAUGUGCUGCUCUCCCUUGCUUUUCAGCUCACUUGGGCUGAAAGCAAGAGGCCGAACAAGGCGAUGGACGUGGUGGAGAAAAGAGGACCCUACAUCAUGAGCAAGCCUCCCUCCCUUCACACCAAGCUCCAGAGGCAGCGGGAGCUGGCGAAGGCAGCACUGCGGAGGCAGGGGCUGCUGGGGGGACCCAAGAUGCACCAGCAGAAGCCAGCAGCUAAAAGGUCGGUGAAGUUUAACAAGGGCUACACAGCGCUCAGCCAGACGGCAGAUGACAGCCUGGUCUCGCUCGAUUCCGACAGUGACGGGGAGCAGGGAUCCAGAUGUUCCUCAGGCUACUCCUCUGCUGAGCAGGUGAACCAGGACCUGAGCCGGCAGCUGCUGCAGGAUGGGUACCACCUGGAUGAGGUCCCUGAUGAUGAAGAUCUGGAUCUCAUCCCCCCAAAACCUGUCACCUCCUCUUCCUGCCCCUGUUGUUUUGGAGAAAACCUCUCCUGUGUGAUCCAGUAGCUGCUGCUCAGCCAGGCCCGUGCAAGGACAGGUCAAAAUCCAGCACUUUGUGUCCCAGGGGGAUGGCUCCUGGUGUCUGUGUCCCAUGCUGGGACGGUGACACGAGGAGUGAGUGAUGCUG